AUGGGCGUCCCUAAUGUUCAAAGCAAAUGGAAGAAAACUGCUCUUUUGGUCAUUGACAUGCAGAAUGACUUCAUACUCCCAGAAAGUCGGAUAUGUCUUAAAGGUGGCCAAGCUAUUGUUCCAAAUGUUAUAAGGAGUGUCGAGAUAGCAAGAGAACGUGCUUUCCGGCGGCAUAUGUAUUCUUCCCCUGGUGCUCCAAAACCAGCUUGUAAAGGCAGUUUUGGAGCAGAAUUAGUGGAUGGGCUUGCCAUUGAGGAAGAUGAUUACAAGUUGGUGAAGACCCGGUUCAGUUCAUUUUUCAACACCCAUCUCCAUUCAUAUCUCCAGGGUUCCGGAAUCUGUCAUUUAGUCAUCACUGGUGUUCAAACUCCAAAUUGCAUCCGGCAAACUGCAUUUGAUGCUGUUGCACUGGACUAUCAAUCUGUCUCCGUGAUCACUGAUGCCACAGCUGCUGCUUCAUCUGAAAUACAUCUCGAAAAUAUCAUUGACAUGAAGAACAUUGGAAUCACUACACCAACACUUGAAGCAUGGGUUAAAUUAGUGAAAAUGGCCGCUUCAGAUACAACAAUAUGGAAGAAAACUGCUCUUCUGGUCAUUGACAUGCAGAACGAUUUCAUACUUCCAGGAGGUCCGAUGUAUGUUAAAGGUGGCCAGGCUGUUGUUCCGAAUGUUAUAAAGAGUGUUGACAUCGCCAGAAACCGUGGAAUUCAUAUAAUUUGGGUUGUUCGCGAGCAUGACCCUUUAGGAAGAGAUGUUGAAGCUUUUCGUAGGCAUUUGUAUUCUCCUGGACAACCAAAACCAACUUCUAAAGGUAGUUUUGGAGCAGAGUUAGUGGAUGGCCUUGUAAUCAAGGACAAUGAUUAUAAGUUGGUGAAGACGCGGUUCAGUGCAUUUUUCAAUACUCAUCUCCAUUCAUAUCUUCAGAGUACUGGGAUUAGUAAUCUGGUCAUCACUGGUGUCCAAACUCCAAAUUGUAUCCGGCAAACUGUUUUUGAUGCUGUUGCACUGGAUUAUCAAUCGGUCACAGUGAUAGUAGAUGCCACAGCUGCUGCUACUCCUGAAAUUCAUCUUGCAAAUGUUGCUGACAUGAACAACAUCGGAGUUACUUCGCCUACACUUGAAGAAUGGGCUAAAUCAGAUGCGUAA